UUCAUCGUUGCUGUAGUACUCGGUCUAUCCCAUUGAGCUGUCAACACACGGCAAGCCUCCUCUCUGCCGCGACAACAUUUUUCUCUUCAACUUAGCCCGUUUUCUCCGUCAGCGACGUUUUUCAUCAGAUAACAGCUACUUUCUUCUCAAUAUGACUCGAAGGUGAUCUUCAGCGUGUCCAGGUGGUUCUGGGGUUCCAGGUUAGUGUGGUUAGAGAGCAAGCUAACUGUGGGGAAGAGGACCGCCUGGGGCAUUUUGUCCCUGGCUCUCAAGUGACUAAGGAAGGGGCUUGGCAAACUGUUCUCAGCAUGGAGAAGGAAGACCUCAAGAUUGUCAACAAGGGGGAAGAGGAGGAGAUGGAGCUGCAGGGCUACCGUCUGUGUCGUUGGCGGCUGGCCCUGGUGGGCCUCGGGGUGCUGUGUACAGGGGGCUUCCUUCUCCUGGUGCUCUACUGGAUGCCAGAAUGGUGCGUCAAGUCCACCUGCACUCGUACCACAGCCCGUGAUGCCGAAGUGGUGUUGCUGCGCUCCACGGAUGAGUUCCGGCGCUGGUUCCUGGCCAGGGUGCGAGUGAUGCUUGCCCCAGGGAGAAACCCCUUCCACAGCCUGGAGACCCAGACCACCUCCCCCUCCUCCCCUUCCUCCCCUUCCUCCCUCUCCUGCCCCUUCUCCUCCUCUGCUUCCCCACCUCAGGCCAACGGACACACCGCUCACCCCUCCGAUGGCAGCCCUGCUCAGGAGCUCAUCAGGAAAUUUGCAGACUACCAGCCCACGCAGAUUCGCUACUUUACCUUUCAUAGCACAAAGUAUUAUUGGAGCGACGAGAAGCAGAACUUUGAGGUUUUAAAUGGCCUGGAGGAUCUGCAGGUCAGCUGCUCCACCCUCCACUCGGAGCACAGCACAGGCCUGACUAGGAACCAGCAGGAGUACAGGAGACUGUUCUUCGGAGUGAAUGAAAUUGCAGUGAAAGUGCCUUCUGUUUUCAAGCUGCUUAUCAAAGAGGUCCUCAACCCUUUCUACAUCUUCCAACUCUUCAGUGUGAUCCUGUGGAGUGCCGAUGAGUAUUACUACUAUGCUGCGGCCAUUGUUUUAAUGUCGGUCAUAUCCAUAGCUACCUCUUUGUACACCAUCAAAAAGCAAUACGUCAUGCUUCAUGACAUGGUGGCAGCUCACAGUAUUGUUCGUGUGUCCGUAUGCCGAGCCAAUAAUGAUAUCGAGGAAAUUUUAUCUACUGAUUUGGUGCCCGGUGACGUCAUAGUCAUCCCCAGCAAUGGGACCAUCAUGCCAUGUGACGCCGUGUUGGUCAGCGGCACCUGUAUCGUCAAUGAAAGCAUGCUUACAGAAAUUCCUUUUCUUCACUCAGGUUUCAGCACAGCUAAAGGCCAGCUGGUGCGCUCCAUCCUUUAUCCCAAACCCACCGACUUCAAGCUGUACCGCGAUGCCUACGUCUUCCUGUUGUGUCUGGUGGCUGUGGCUGGAAUCGGCUUUGUUUACUCCAUUGUACUCAGUAUCAUGAACGAGGUGCCAGCUAAGGCCAUCAUCAUUGAGUCCCUGGACAUUGUCACCAUAACAGUACCACCGGCGCUGCCAGCCGCUAUGACAGCCGGCAUUGUGUACGCACAGCGACGCCUAAAACGUAUUGGCAUUUUCUGCAUCAGCCCACAGAGAAUUAAUAUCUGCGGCCAGAUCAAUCUGGUGUGCUUUGACAAAACUGGAACUCUGACAGAAGAUGGGUUAGACCUGUGGGGAGUCCAGAGGGUUGAGAAUGGCAGCUUCCACCUGUCAGAAGAAAAUGCCUACAAGGAAAAUCUUGUCAAGUCCCAGUUUGUGGCCUGCAUGGCCACAUGCCACUCACUUACCAAAAUAGAAGGCCAGCUGUCUGGAGACCCGCUGGACCUCAAAAUGUUUGAGGCUACAGGCUGGAUCCUGGAAGAGGCUACCGAGGAGGAAACGUCUCUUCAUAAUCGCAUCAUGCCCACUGUCGUUCGACCGCCUAAGCAGCUGUUGCCCCCGGAGCCUGCUGUAACACCAGAGCAGGACAUGGAACUCUAUGAGCUCUCGGCAGCCUAUGAGAUUGGUAUUGUGCGCCAGUUCCCUUUUUCUUCAGCGCUCCAGAGAAUGAGUGUAGUAGCUCGUCUCCUCGGGGAGAAACGUAUGGAUGCCUACAUGAAAGGUGCACCAGAGGUUGUGACUAGUCUCUGCAGAAGAGAGACGGUGCCAGAAAACUUUGCAGCGGUUUUGGAAGGCUACACGAAGCAGGGUUUCAGAGUCAUUGCUCUCGCUCAUCGGCGGCUCGAAUCAAAACUUACUUGGCACAAGGUCCAGAACAUCAACAGGGAUCACAUAGAAGCAAACAUGGAGUUCCUGGGUCUCAUCAUCAUGCAGAACAAGCUGAAGCCAGAAACUCCAGGGGUGCUGCAGGACCUUCAUCAAGCCAACAUUCGCACAGUCAUGGUUACUGGUGACAACAUGCUGACGGCCAUCUCUGUGGCCCGCGACUGCGGAAUGAUCCCUCCCCAGGACACAGUCAUAAUUGCCGAUGCCCUCCCUCCACACGACGGACAAGCCGCCAAGAUCACCUGGAGAUACGCCGACAAACCUCGCAAUGCAUCCCGACUUCAGUUUGUCAUUAAUGAGCAGCAGAAUCAGCUUUUAAUAAAGAUUCAGUGUUUGUUCUCAUGUGCUCGCAGCUACUUUGUUGGAAUGUGUGGCGAUGGCGCGAAUGACUGUGGGGCUUUGAAGAGGGCUCAUAGUGGGAUCUCUCUGUCGGAGCUCGAAGCCUCAGUAGCAUCUCCCUUCACCUCAAGGACCCCCAACAUCUCCUGUGUCCCUAACCUCAUCAGGGAGGGCCGUGCUGCUCUUAUCACCUCCUUCUGUGUGUUUAAGUUUAUGGCCCUCUACAGCAUCAUCCAGUACAUCAGCGUCACUCUCCUCUACUCUAUUUUAAGUAACCUUGGCGAUUUCCAGUUCCUCUUCAUCGACAUUGCUAUCAUCCUCCUCAUUGUCUUUACCAUGAGUCUGAACCCAGCGUGGAAAGAGCUGGUGUCCCGUCGUCCUCCAUCAGGUCUGAUCUCAGGGCCUCUGCUGUUCUCUGUGCUGACCCAGAUCCUCAUCUGCUUGGGCUUCCAGAUCUGGACAUUCCUUUGGGUCAAACAGCAGCCCUGGUACAAAGUGUGGACGCCACUUACCGAUGUCUGCAACCUCACAUCACACGUUGAAAUGGACUUUGGAAACGAGACGGAAGAGGACGAGCACAACAUCCAAAACUAUGAGAACACCAGCCUCUUCUACGUCUCUUCCUUCCAGUAUCUCAUUGUUGCUAUUGUUUUCUCCAAAGGCAAACCUUUCAGGCAGCCGAGCUAUAAGAAUUGGCCUUUUGUGCUGUCUGCUGGGAGUUUAUAUGUUUUCCUGCUGUUCAUCUUGUUCUACCGAGUAGACGUCAUUAAUGAGUUUAUGGAGAUUGUUUGCAUCCCGUUUGAAUGGAGGCUAAAACUUUUCCUCAUCAUCUUAGUCAAUGCUGCUGUGUCUGUUUUGGUGGAGACCAUCAUCCUUGACAUCGUCUUACGGAAGCUUGUGUUCAGCCGAGACAAACAGGGCAGCUUUGGCGUCACUCCUGCCGCCCCGGCACCACAGGGAGCCAAUGAUCUGUAUGGACACAAGUGUCUGUCCUGCCAAUGUUGCCCCCGCAAGAUGAGACCCAAAGCUCGCUACAUGCACCUUGCCCAGGAGCUCAGUGUGGACCCCGACUGGCCUCCGAAGCCCACCACUACCACUGAAGCCAAGCCACGCCCAGAAAACGGCUCAGCCUAUCAAAUCAUAAUCAACUCCUAGCACCCCACAGCCUGUACUAGCUUAUCCAGCUUCUACCUUUCAUACAGGAAACAUGCAUAUGAGGUGUGUUCAGUAAAUUUCAAUGGAACUGUCAUGGGAUAACGUCUUGCCUUCACUGUUCGUGCUCCAAUGCUGUAUAGUUUCAGAUACUGUAUUAUUGCGCAAAAAAAAUCUAUGACACACAUCUACCAAAUGAAUUUACAUUGAACUUCUCUCAGUACUCUUGCUCUCUUUGGUUCACCCCCACACGCGCUCUCAGGUCGCUUUUUAUUUAUCGUUAAAGGUGCAAUAUGUUGAACACCUUACUCUCGAAAAGGUCAGUGUUGUUUUGCAGCGUCGUGGAGCAGCUCCUCUGGAAGUAGUGCUGCUUUAACUUUGCUUUUACUUUGCAAAGAAGGAUAAGUGCAGCAAACAGCACAAGGCUAAAACUGACCAUAGCAGGUUGGGCUCCACUGUUUUACACCUUAUAAAAGAAAAAUACAAUCUCUGGGAAGAGCUCUUCCUUCCUUCAUGUUAGACUGACGCAGGCUUUAUGCAACAGUGACUCAGUGUCUCACCUUGAGAUACAGUGCGGUAUUACACUUCAGUACGGGCUGGCGCUACCUCGUUAUCAUCCUUACUUCAGUAGCUGUCAUACAAUCUUCUGAUAAUUUGUUAAUUUUUAAGCAGUUUUAAGCUGCCAGUCUCGUAUGUUUCACCUUUAAAUGUCACAAAUUGACAUUUUAUUACAGUGUCUUUACUGAAACUAAGCAGCAUUCAACUCGGUCUAGAAGGAACAUUGAAAAGCCAUCAAAAUGGUGCAUUGGCCUCUUCAAAUGAACGUUCAACACAGGUUCAGCAUAACCUCGCUUUGUGUGUGUGCAAGGGGGUGGAAAAGAGAGCCGGGGCCCACUACACUCCAGAGCUAGCCUCUCACAUACGUGUUCUGUCAGAAAUCUCAGUUAAGGUGUUUAAUCCUAAUUAAGUUAUUCCUUUUAUAUGAUUGUCAUAAAUAACAAGGUCUGCAGAUUACAAUAUUGACCACAAUACUAGAGUUUUGAUUAAGAGUGGAAUGGGAUGUGUAGGUGUUUCAGAGAAUGGAGAAGUGCGGCGUUGGAUAGGAUGUUUCUCAACAGACAUUUGCACAUAUCUUAGCUGAUGUGAAUAUUGCUCUAAUUGCUACUGUGUAGUGCUCUUUUGCAGCUAAUGUAGAUACAUAGAAUUUCAGUCAGCUGUGGGGAGGUUUGCAAUUGUAUACUGGCUGCAUUUAGUGCUUUGUGCAGUUACACACCCAUAAGGGGAAGUACCUUUAUAUUCCUGCUUUGAAGUAAAGACACACUCAUAUAUCUAAUUGGCUAUCAGAGAUCAUGUUAAACAUCUGAAGAAUACAGAAUUAUUUUUUAAAUCUACCAUCAGAUAAAUUAGUUCCAUGAUUUGUUUACCUGCUAUAAUUAGAUGUGACCGGUUUCAAAAUCAGUCUGUUCUCGGGAGCGUCUCAUUUCCAUGGUUGGGAAGGUUAGGGAGAGUGUUUUUUACAAAUUGAUUGGGAUUAAGUGUCAUUUAUGCCAAGUUUCAGUCAACUUUCAGUCAGGCCAUUAUGGCUUGGUAAAUAAUAGGGAGGGGGGGGGGGGACAUUGAUGCUGCAGAAGGAUAUGAUUAUGUUUAAAAAAACAAACAAACAAAAAACAGUGAAUAUUUGAUGUACUUCCAUUAUGGGGUUUUUUGUUUGUUUUGUCCAAACAUGCUACCUCUAAAACAAAUGACUGAAUUCUCAUCUAUCUAACAGUACUGGCAUUAAUGCUAAUAUAUCAUACUAAUAGAAUUUACAUAGAAUAUUGCAUCUUUAUAAUAAUUGUCAGGAUCACAUGCUGUUAACGCUGACUGGGAACAGCAACGCCUCCGUUCGGCACCUCCCUAUCCAUCUAUACUGCUUUGGCCUUCUAGUGCUGAAAAUCUAGCAAACUCGCCUCUACUUACUGUGCUUCUCUCUACUCUUUCAAAUUGUUUUCUAGUGUGUAAUAAGCUUUAUAGAAUUAUGGGCUGCUAGUGGAACUUUAAAUCAUAAAUAUUUUGUUUGCAUCUACUGUAUGAGCCAUGUCCAGUCUGCAGAAAACAUGGGAAAACAUGCAUGAAACCAGCUCUCUAUGGCCACGCUCUGAAGAUAGUUGAUGGUUGCAAUGCUAGAAAUAGCACUUCAGUUACAAAGCUUAACUAUAGAAUUAAGAAAGAUUAACAUUACAUUUAUGUAUUACAAAAAAGGAAAGAAUCUACAUCAGAAACGGCAUGAAUCUGUCUGAUUAUUGUGGACAGCUAACCACAUGCAUGAUACCAUAUGAAUCUAAGCAUCUGCAUAUUCAAAGCCUUUUUAGAUUGGCUCCAAAAAAGCAGAAGUACAUGCUUACAUUUUCAGUUUUAAAAGGAGAUUUCUUCCUAUGGAAGACUGAUUACAAUACUGUACUACAUUAUAGCAGCUGUGCAACUGAUCCACUCGCUGUUUUAAAGCAAUCAUGAAAUGACAAAACCUGUACAAGAUGGAUGUUUACGCAGCCAAAUUUCUGUAUUACACGUAGCCUGAUUGCAAAGAGUCAAGAGCUGUAUUUAUGCUCACUCCUCUUUAUUUGGCAUUUACAGUAAUACUCCAUGAAAUGUCUUUCAGACUCACCCCACUAGAUUUUGAAGGAGCUGUAAAUGAUUGAAGGCUCUCCCGAAUAAAAUCUAAUGGGGGAAGUUCAGUCUUUUAAAAUGGGUUUCAGUCAUUACUGAUCAAACAGAUGGAUGAGAAAGAUGAGCAUUCUCAUAUGAAAGAGUAUGAAGAUUUUUUUUACAUUGUGCAUUUAUAGCCAUGGACGUGGAGAAAUGGGCAAACUUCUUUACAGGCAGAUUAAAAACCAGUAUAGGAAGACUGUAGUGUCACUUUAAACCAACUUGCACAAAUCAGGUUAACUGUAUCAGUGUAAUUUAAAGCACAGCAGGUUGCCUUUCAUGAAUUGUAGUGGUUCGGUUUCUUCAGAGUGCUCAUUAGAGAUGAUGUGACGCCGUACAGAAAGAAAAACGAUUAAAAAGAAACUUGAUUCCUCCAGGGGAAAAAUGGAGCAAAUGAAUUCUCAGACGUCCUAACAGCGCUGUUAUUGUCUGACACUUCAAGCAUUUAUCUGGUCCAUUGAUUUUUUUUCUAUACAGUGGAAAUUGUCAUAUUAGUAAUAAUAAUGUAAGGUUGCUCCAGUGCUAAAAGCCAUUUCAGCAGUGUCUGUUCAGAUGCAUUCAUGUGA